AUGGAGACGUCUGACGAAUUGUUUUCAAAAGCAAAUGACGAAUUUGUUAACGAAAAUUAUCAAAAAGCUGUUGAUCUCUUCACAGAAGCCAUUAAAGCCAAUGCAAACAAAGCUGUUUACUACACAAAUAGAGCGCAUGCUUAUUUUAAGAUUGGAGAAUAUGAGAAGGCAAUCUUGGAUACAGAAAAGUGCUUAUCAUUAGACCCUAACUCUGAAAAAGCUCUUCUUAGAAAAGGUAUUUGCCAGUUUGAGUUAAAGAAUUACCAAGAAGCCCUGAAGACGUUCCAGAAUGGAAAGAAAUUAAGUAAUAAAAAUGAAACUUUUGAGGUGUGGUUAAAAUCCUGCAGAGAAAAACUUGGUUUACCAGAGCCAAAUGAAGCAAUUUCCAACAAUCAUGAUGAACAAAAGUUGCCACAGUCUAAGUCUGUGGAAGCUGCUGCAGCUCCUCUGUCUCCCUCACCACCGUCCCUGACACCAAGCAGGACAAAACAUGAUUGGUACCAGACACAAUCCCAUGCUGUGAUCACUGUUCUUAUCAAGAAAUUGAAAGAUGAAGAUGUGAAAGCUGAUUAUGGAAAAAAAACGUUAAAUCUUAUUGCAAAGUUAUCAUCUGGUGAGGAUUACAAAUUAGACCUCAAUCUUGCCAAUGAAAUUAUUCCUGAUCAAUGUCAAACAAAAGUUACACCUUCCAAAAUUGAAAUCAAGCUAAAAAAGAGAGAUGGUAUACAUUGGAGCAAGUUGGAAGGUAGUCCUGAUUGUGUUGUUAAUCCUAUCACUGUGCCAGUUCCUACAGGCUGUGAACAAAACACUGUGAAUACAAAAUCUCGGAACUGGGAUAAAUUUGUGCGUGAUAUGACAGAGAUGGAAAAGAACGAGAAGCCAGAAGGAGAUGCUGCAUUGAACCAUUUGUUUCAACAGAUCUAUGCUGAUGGUAGUGAUGAUGUCAAACGAGCUAUGGUCAAAUCUUUUUAUGAAUCUGGUGGCACAGUCUUGAGCACUAAUUGGAGCGAGGUUGGUGAGAAAGCAGUAGAAGUGAAACCGCCUUCAGGAAUGGAAUAUAAACAAUGGGAAACCUGA